AUGGACAUCCCUGCCGGCACUAGUACCGCAACACGCAAUAGUGAAUCCUCGAAUAUGGAUGCUGAGGCGCAACACUUCCCCGCCGAUCGAUACGAGAUGAAAGACGAGGACUUCUUACCGAUUCGAAACAUCCCUUGGGAUCGGAAUGAAUCAUGCGCCAUUGAGACGAUCAAGGCUAUUCUUGCGGAGUAUGAGAAGGAAAUGAGAGAUGCUGCGAGGGACCUCGAAUUGGCCGCCACCCUGUUCCAUGCGGACCUGAAUGUGCGCCUCAAAGGGUUGUCGCAGCCCAAGAUGAAGGAGGAGUACGUCGAAUUGAAGAAUGUGAAGGCGGUGUUCCUUCAUCCUAAGAACGACAGACUGCAAGGUGUUGUACAACUCAUAUUCGAUGCGGUAGACGACUAUGAUCUCAGCGUAAUUGGAGAACUACGUAUGUGGUACGUCAAUGAGACCAGUGAGAAGGAAGGAUCGUUGAAUGAGAACUAUUGGAGAGAGCAAGGAUACAGAUCUGCUCAGCAGUUCGCGGAUGUGACUCGCAUGGAUCAUCCGGAUGCUACAUGGGGAUUUGAUUUCGCCUGA